CAUUGAGAAACUGAGGCUUCUCAUCUUGCCAGGAGUAGAAAUCACGCAGAAGGGGUUUUUCAUAAAAUACCACCAUGACAAGGGGGUUGAGUGCACUCUUAGUAAGCUGGCAGACCCAGCUUGGAUGGCAUUUUUGGGGGGUUGGGAAGGCUCUGCAGAGGGCCAUGGGGUGGUGCCAGUGGCAGGAGGCUCAUCAGGGCCAAAUGUUGGCUCCUGCACCUGGGUCACAACAAAUCCCUGCAGUGCUCCAGGCUUAGCCCUGAGGGCCUGGAAAGCUGGAAGGACCUGGCCAUGCUGGGUGACAAUGGCUGAGGAUGAGCUCCGUGUGCUCAGGUGGCCAAGCAGGCCAGUGGCGCCAUGGACACACAGAAUAGAGAUCCCUCACCCAGUCAGGAAAUCCAGGCUGCACUGAGCAGCAGCAGGGCACGGCCAGACAAGUGUGGUUCCUCCCUAAACAUCCCUAGCAAACCUUGGAACCAUCUGAGAUGCUUUUCUCCCUCCAUUCCAUAAUGGAUCCUUUAUCCCCUGGGCAUUAACUCUGCCUCAGGCUGUGAGCUGACCCCAGAGCUGUUCCCACUGACCCACUGGAACAGGUCCCACACCCAGCCAGGGGCUGCUGGAUCUCCUGGCACAGCCCUUGGAAGAGCUGGAUCAGUGUCCUUUUCUCUGCUUAGGUUCCUCUCUGGUUUCUCUACCUGCUGGUGGGUGUCUGUGCCCCUUUGUGCAUGUGUAGACCAAGCUUUUAUUGUAUAACCAGAAAAAUUCACUUUGUGAAGGAGCAGAGCAGUGUUUUAAUCACUGCCCGGAAGGCUUUACUGAUAAAAAUCCUGUAGCAAUGACUGAACUUUUUUAUUUCAAAGCACAAUUGAACACAAGCUCCAGGGCAGCAAGUUGUGAGAGUUAUAAUUUGAGAGUCUGUGGUUAUGAGAGUUAUAAUUUGCGUUUUUUCAUCUUGCAAAGGGAAGGAGUCACUACACUGCCAUGAAAAUUCCCAUUUUAAUCCUGCUCCAAUUAUCACAAAGUUCCUUCAUCUGCUCAUGUCCUCAUCCACAUGACGUGAAGCACUACAAGAACUUUUUAAUUAGCCCCAAAGUGACAAAAUCUAGUUUUGCUAAUUAUAUUAUUGUUAUUCUUUUUUGAAUGACCAGAAGCGCAAGGUGAUUUGGGAUUUUGCUUUCUUUUUGAAUCCCAUCAUUUCCCUUCACAAAGGCAUCAUGAAUUCUAUAAGGGAAGGUUGUUGGAGUCCUCUGUUGGAGGGAUAAAGAAUGGAAUCAAAGAACAUCACCACCACUGUGACAGAAUUUGUCCUGUUGGGCCUGACACAGAGCCACAAGGUGCAGUAUUUUCUCUAUGUGAUCUUCUUUCUCAUCUAUGUGAUGACCUGGCUGCUGAACUUCACCAUCAUGGCCACUGUGGCUGUGGACCGCCACCUCCACACCCCCAUGUACUUUCUCCUGGCCAACCUCGCCUUCCUUGACAUCAGUGACUCCUCAGUCAACACUCCCAAGCUGCUGUCAGGCCUCCUCACCCAGCACAAAGUCAUCUCCUUCCACCAGUGUUUCCUCCAGAUGUUCUUCUUCCAUUUCAUUGCAGGUGCAAUGGCAUUUCUGCUCCUGGCCAUGAUGGUGGAUCGCUACGUGGCCAUCUGUGAGCCCCUGCGCUACCUGUGCAUCAUGAGCUGGAGCACCUGCACAGGCCUGGUGGCAGCUGCGUGGCUGGGUGGGUUUCUCCAUUCCAUCACACAAACCGGCCUUCUCCUCCAGCUGCCAUUCUGUGGCCCAAAUGUACUGGACAAUUUCUACUGUGACAUCCCCCAGGUCAUCAAACUGGCCUGCACUGACACUCGCGUGGCUGAGCUGCAGAUGGUGUUUAACAGUGGAAUGAUCCUCAUCAGCCUUUUUGUGAUCUUGAUUAUUUCUUACAUUGUCAUCUUGCUGAAGAUAAGGACGUGCAUCACGGAAGGGAAGAUAAAAGCUCUGUCCACCUGUGGAACACAGAUAACUGUUGUGAGCUUAAUAUUCAUCCCCUGCAUCCUCACCUAUGCCCAGCCUUAUAAGAAAUCCCCUGGGGACAAGGUGGCCUCUGUUGUUUUCACUGUGGUCACCCCAAUGCUAAACCAAAUGAUCUACACACUCAGAAACACUGAGAUGAAAAAGGCCAUCAGGAGAACGCUGGGGAAAAUAUUUCUGUCAGCAGGAAAGCAGAAACUGGAGCGGACAGCAGAUCCAAAGUUAUCAAAUGUGAUGCUCCCAUGACAAAACUGUGCUCAUCACUGAUAUUCCUGUGUAAAAGAAUGUGGGGUGCCCCUGACUCUGGGAAUGAUUGGUGUCUGACUCUAUUGAUUCAGAAUGCUGAACAAUUGCUUUAAUAGACUAUACUAUAUUACACUGGAUAAAGUUUUCUUUGUCCCUU